AAUCAUCUUGUCAUUGUGACACUGCAUUUGACAGUGAAGUAAAAAGUCACUUCCAUUCUUGCCGUUCGUAUCUACUUAUUCUUUUGUAUAUGUGUCCAAGUUACUACAAUGUCUAAACAACAAAUAGCAGAUGAAAAUGCAGCUCAACAUUUGAAACCUCCUGUCCUGAAACCGUCUCAUGUGUCGUACAAAAAACUCUCCCAGGAAGAAGCCGAUUUUCUCGUUCCCACACCUAGCAUCAUCCUUCCGCAGUUGCAAGACACCGAGAAAAAGUUUUUUGAAUUGGUUUCCACAGGAGAUGUCAUCGCUGUCAAAGAAUACCUGGAGCAGAACCCCAAGAUCAACAUAAACUGCACCAAUUUCCAGGGAGUGACCGCCCUGCUGAUAGCGGUGCAAUCUCACACCGACAACAUGGUGGAAUUCCUCCUGGAGCAACCAGGAAUUGACAUCGGCGAUUGUGUCCUACACGCUGUCAAAGACAACCAGCCGGUCAUCCUGUCGAUGCUGCUCCACAAGCUCAGCCAAACCGCCCCCAGUCUGGAGUUCGUCGGAGUCACACAUAGCUCGGACUUUCCGGAUUACGUAACUCCACUCAUUUUAGCCGCUCAAUGUGGACACUAUGAAAUCAUCAAAAUGCUCAUCGAAAGAGGACACACCAUCAGCAAGCCACAUCCGCCUUCUUGCAGAUGUUCAGAUUGCCGAGUCCGUCUCGAACACGACGACAUCCUCCACGCGGAGAGCUUGCGGCUCAACCUCUACAGGGCGGUGGCCAAUCCCGCCUACAUAUGCUACUCUACCCACGACCCCAUCCUAGCCGCUUUUCACUUGUCGCAGGAGCUGAAGGAGUCUUCGUUUCUCGUCCCCGAGUUCCGAGUAGCCUACUCGGAGCUGUCUGCUGAAAUUAGCAUGUUCGCGGUGGAUCUGAUAGCUUGCUGCAGGAGCACUACUGAGAUGGAGCUUAUUCUAACGCAGAGUUCUGGGAUGCAAUCGUCUAGUAUGUACAUGUUCCCCAGGUAUGUAUUUAUAAAAAAUAUGUCUGUCAGUUUUUCGUUGUUUCAUAAACUACGAUUUGAUACCCACAAACUUUAUUUGAAAAAUAUAUCACGACAUGUUUGGCUAACACAGUAGUUUCUUCAACAGUGAUUUGAAACUACAAGUAUAGUCUAUCCAUUCCCAAUUGAAACGGCAAUAAAAAUAAGAGUACAGUCAUAAACAUUUCUUGCCUGUGGCCCCUAGUCGCCCAGAUAGUUAGUAAACGUGCUAUCAAUUGUAGNUAUGGACAAGACGGGACAGAAGAGAAAACCACCAAACUCUGGUCUGGAGCCAGUUAUCAUGGUUUUCGUUGCCGGACAUAUUUGGAUCAUCAUAAGGAUGCUUGCACUGGUAGGGCCCUCAAGAUACUUCAAGUUCCUCUGGAAUUGGCAUGACAUCAUCAACAACGCUUUGUUCGUACUAACGUUCCUGUUUUGGCUGGCAUCGUACUUUGACGCCAAAAACAACGAUCAAGUCGACUUGGAGAGGAAAUACUGGCACCACCUGGAUCCGCUUUUGAUCGCUGAAGGAUGUUUCGCAGUGGCCACCAUAAUGGCCUUCUUCAAGCUGCUGUUCUUCUGCAGGUUGAACUACUACAUGGGACCUUUACAGAUAUCGCUGGGGAAAAUGUGCGCUGAUUUAGCCAAGUAUAUAAUACUCUUCGUGAUCGUCAUCAUAUCCUUCUCAGCCGGCUUGUGCAGGUUCUACCAAUACUACGACGGCAUGGUCAAAGUGGACGAGAACCAAAUCAAGACUCAGCAAGUAUCUUCCUUUGUGGACUUCUCAGCGACACUCAAAACCUUUUUCUGGGCCAUCCUCUGCAUGGCUCCUCUCGAAUCGGCUGACGUCAUCAUCGAAAACUUACCUGGGGAAUCCCCUGAAUCGACAAUCAUCAACACUCACGAGUUCACUGAGGCUGUUGGUUACAUCUGCUUCGCUCUGUUUGAAGUCCUCAUAGUCGUGAUGAUUCUCAACAUGCUGAUUGCCACUAUGUCGGCGACCUUCCAGCGUGUCAUAGACAAUUUGGACGUGGAAUGGACCUUCGGCAAAACGGAUUUCUACUUGGAAUAUAUGCUGCAGUCCACUACCCCAUCGCCAUUCAAUUUGAUUCCCACCCCUGCUGGUAUAAACAAUUUCAUGGUGCUCAUGCAAGGACCUAAAGGUAAUGAUGAAAAUUCAACUGCUUGCUGUAGAAAACCCACUGGUAAUCUCAAGGUUAUCAAGAAAAUGAACGAACUCGAAUAUCCCGCUCUAAUGACGUUGUUGGUGCAAAGGUAUUUCAGGGAGAAGGAUACUGCUGUUGCUGCGGCCAGCGAGAUGGAUAUUUUAAGAACAGAAAUCCAUGAGCUCAAAGUACUUUUGAAUUAUAUUAUUCAGGAGAAGUAUUGAAAUUGAGAGGGAUUUACAAUUUGUAUACUUUUUGUUUUUAAUAUUUUAUGUAUAUUUUUAUUUUUGUACGAUUAAGCAAUGUAUUUAA